AUGCCUGCUGCGCCUGCGGCCUGCUGGGCCAAUCGAAGGGCGCACUGGGCGCAGUUGAGGCGGAGGUCCGUCGACGCGCGCGACGAGGCGACGAGUCCGGCGAGUCGGUCCUGUGCGCCCCACGCAGGCGGCCGCACCGUGGUCGUGGUGCGCGUGUCGCGCGGCACCACCGAGCAGAUGCUGCAGCGGCAUCUCAGCUGGUCCCAUGAGUUGGCUCAGAGAAGUCCAGCAGUGGAACUGUGGAUUUUGGCUGAUGAGACCUUCGAAGGCCCUAGCCUUCGAUCACGCCUGCAGAGUGCAGCGAGCUUUGGAGGACACGAGAUUCCAUUCUCAGUCUUUGGCUACGACGAAUCCCAGAUGACCCAGGCAUUCCCUGCCCUGCUGGCCAUCCGCGAUGCGCUCCCGGACCGGCAGGAGGUAUGGGAUUGCUUCCAGCUACCGUGCCGGAAAAGUUUGGCUUGGUGCUUCCACGUUGAAUCGCUUCUCCUGUGGUGGCGCUCUAUAGCUGCCAGCUCCAAACCAAAGUUUGUUUGGGUGCUGGAGGAUGACGCUGGAUACUCUGGUUGCCUGGCGGACUUUGUGUCAGCCUACCAGAAUGAGUCAGCGGAUUUGCUGUGCCACGGCCUGCAGCGUGCCGAUCCAAGAUGGGUCUGGUACGAUGCCAUGUCCGAAGCCUUUCAUCGUUUGAAGGCUGAGAGGUUUCGCUGCGUCGAGCACGUGCAGCGCUUCAGUGCCCAGCUGCUUUCGGCGCUGGAGGAGUAUGCGCGGCAACAGGUGACAGGCUGGAGUGAGCUGUCGGUGCCGAGCCUUUGUCGCCUCGCGCAGCUCUCGGUGGCCCCGCUACGGGCGGAGCACAUCGGGCAGAUCUUCAGCUAUGCCGGGAAGGUGCCCGAAGAUGCCUGGCCUCGCAUUUGCCAAGACGCGCGAACACGGGGCCGCUGGUGGCACGCGCUCAAAUGGUGA